UCGACCUUGACAGCCGGUGUCCGUUAUCCCGGCGUGCAACGCGGUGGCGGCGGCGGCGGAGAAGAAGGUCGUUGUCGUCGUCGUCUUCUCCUCACCGUCAUCGCCAUGGCCGGAGUGGUGGCCCGCAAGGCGAUUGACUAUGUCAAGAGCAAAGACUUCCGCGACUAUCUGAUGAGUACGCACUUUUGGGGUCCUGUGGCCAACUGGGGUCUGCCCAUUGCUGCUUUCAGUGACAUGAGAAGAAGUCCUGAGAUCAUCAGUGGCAGAAUGACAUUUGCUUUGUGUUGUUAUUCCUUGCUUUUCAUGCGAUUUGCGUACAAGGUCCAGCCUAGAAAUUGGCUCUUGUUUGCCUGUCAUUUCACGAAUGAAUCGACACAGAUCGCACAAGGGUGCCGCUUGAUCCAUUACAACUUGCAGCAGAAGAAAUUAUCUGAAGGAAGCCACAACUAGACUCUCGAAGCACUUUAUCUCAAUCGCAUCAACAUGCUACCAACAUGCCAUAAUGUUUCUAUAUUAUUUUUCACGCACAAGUUUCUCGUAAGUCCAGCCCUCGAAAUUUUUGAUGGUUUUUCAAAGAUAUUUAAUUCUAAUUAUAUUCUGUAAUUAAUAUUUGGAUUGUUUUAGCACAGUUUCUACAACUGCCUGAAAUUAAAUUUGUAAGUAACAUCAUUAAACAUGGAUUUUCAAACGGUCAUGUACAGUUUUAACUGUAUGUUUAUUAUGCGAUACAUUGAGAAAAAUGUCAACGUUGCAGGAAAUGGUGAUUUGAUCAUGGCUUCUGUAAUCAGUAUAUUUUGGAAAGGAAUAUUUGCAGUUUAAAACUGUUUUUAAUAAAGUGUGACAAGAGGAAUUGCUGUCGACAAUUAAAAGUGUGAAUUAAUUACCAGG